AUGUCACUUCCCAUACUCGGCUUGCCGCUGCAUAGGGUACUUCUUCGCCGUCCAUUGAGUUAUACGCUACUCUCCCGUCUCGAUUGGAUUGUUCAAGGUGGAUGUUUGGAUACUGGCAAAUUACAGGUGAAGGGAUUGGGAAGGAAUUCUGCUUCAGAAUUGACCGAGGGGUGUGGGAAAGGAAAGGCCGGCCUAGAGCGGGAAAUCGAUGAUGGAGACUUUAAAGCGGGGGGCGGUGUCAAGGGUAGGAACGCGGCCCAGAACAAGAAUUCGAGAGAGAAUCCCGAAAGGAAACUCGGGGGGCGGGCGGCUGGGAAGAAGAGGUGGGGAAGGGAUGGAGUUUCUAGUUCCAAUGGAGGGGAUGAUUCGUUACUCUCCCUACUGAGGAGCACCGGUCACGCAAGAGACAUCCCUCGGAAGGCAUCGGGCAAGGUUGACCUCUCGCACGUGGAUCCUUUGGAGCCUAGGCGCAGGUCUAAUAAGGACAGAUAUCGGCUGGCUGAACCUGGGCGAGCGCUGAAAAGGUCAUACUUUGGGGGGGUGAAAGUGAGGUAUAUUGAUCAAGAUGGGAUCCAGAGGGAACGCUACUCGCUAAAGAGCAUCACAAUGAGCCUGAUUUAUCAUAUAUACAAACUUUACCCUCACUCGUCGUUUAGAUUUCCAGUGCUAGAGAGUGCGGGUAACCUCAGUGAGGAUCAUGACGAGAUGGUCCUUCGAGGGGUUUUCACCUCCGGUGCUAGAGACUAUUUAGAGCAGAGGGGAUAUACACCUGAGGAUGUAUUAGUGUGGGCAUGGGUUCUCACUGCUAGAGAUGGCGGGCUGGCGGGGCAUAGAUUGGAUUUGGGCACAAGGGUUAGGAACGAGAUGGUGGAUAGAUCGUUAGAGGAGCAGGAUAUUCUGGAUGCCGAGCUUCCGGGAGAGGAAAGAGUUCAAUCAUCUCAUGGCGGUGAAGAUCUUGACUCGGACGACACAAAGAAUAUGCAACUAUCAUCGCCCCGGAAUACAACAGGAGCAAGGCAUACAUACCGGAUUCCCCCGUUUCUUAUCUUAUUUACGCUCCGGCGGAAGUACUUCAUUCGGGACAACGUCCGAGCUCUCUUUCCAAUGAUUGAGAGCGUGCUGUUCCCAUCCAACCAUCUCUCCAUUUCCGAAGACAAGACGACGGUUCUCCUCCUCCUCCGCUUGCUUCGGAGAGUACGCUCGACCUGGCCUCCCGCUAUCUCUAUAGUCGCCAAACUUCUUGUAACACAUCUUCACCGGCCAGACACCUCAAGACCACGCUCUCCAUCUCGAUUAACCAGGCUCUAUAACCGCCUGUUGACUUGCUUCUCCUUACCAACACCCGACGGACCCUUCGCUCAUCUUCCGAUCCUUCAACGCAGCCAGUUUCUGAUCCUGCGCAAGAUGGCUGCCAUGGGUAUCCCUCUUGUAAGAGAAGGCUAUCGAGCGAUAGUAAUUGUCCAACUGGCCCAUGCUAAAACACCUCCCGAAAAACAGACCGUUCGGGAUAUGGUCACAACCUGGCCACCCUGGCCGUUUGAAAGGGAUGGCCGGGAGGGUCUCCCACCCCGAAUCUCUCGUGCUGCUGAGGUGAUUCAGCGGAUGACAGAGGCAGGCUAUCCCCUCCAUGAUUGGGAAUACUCGGCCCUGGUUCUCGCAGGCAAGGAUACGGACAAUACACCUACCAUUCAGACUAGAACGUUUCACCUUAGACUCCGGCACCUCAUCUCGUCCUCCCCGACCUCCAUCUGGGCCUCCCGUAUCCGUGCUACCCGUACUAUAGACGAAGCAUGGGCCAUAUUCCUCGACUGUAGGCAGAACGGCACGAUCCCUCGUCGUGAUGUUUGGGAAGAGCUCAUUGCAAAAGCCCUUUACGCCGAGAAACUCACCCGCCAGCAGAUGCACGCGGACUGCAUUAAGCGGAAAAGGCCUCUCUGUGAAAAGCCCCGUCUUGACACUCUAAGCCGCCUGCAAAGGGAGAGCAACUACCGCGUCGUCGCAGGGGAGGCAAAAGAAGUCCUCCCGCCCCCGAGGAACAUCAAUGAAGGUGUAUACGUCCCUAUCCCCCCACCAGACACAGACGAGCUAUUCAUGAUGAUGAAAAGGGACAACGUCCCUCCAAGUCCCCGCCUCCUCGCACUAUUAAUAUCUCAUAGCAGCGACCUCAACUACGCUCACCGGAUACUAGAGACAUGGGGCUAUCCUCUCCCCUCCCCCUCCCCCUCCGCGAAGCCCACAGACCCGCGCAUCCUAACAGCAUACAUAUCCCUCCUCCUCCACCGCAGGAACGACGAAAUUGAAUUGGCAAUCCGUCUCCUCCUAGCGCAUAAACUAACCUACACCCCAGCAUACAACGCCACCCUCACGCGACUCGCCAGAACACUUGACUCCAGGAAAGCGAACGACAAGCCAAACCGGAUUCGCAUAAUCUGGGAAGUAUACAAGAAAAUGACCCGCCUCGUCAGCGAAGACUCGCAAACGUUGCGUGCGCUAUGCGUCGCCGCGGAGAAGAAUAUCCGUCUGGGGGCAAACGUACUCUGGGACGGCAUAGAUCCGGUAGACCAGGUCAUCCACAUCUUCGAAACAAACAUUGGCCUACACAAGCCGAAACUACUAAUCGCGGACGAGGAACUGCCCCCGUUACUGACGCCCUCGCCUGCUACUUUACACGCAUACGUCCGGCUACUCGGCUUCUCGAGAAGGUACCGUGAUAUCGGAAGGAUUAUCGAGUGGGCUGCUGCCGCGGACUGGCUGGAUGACGGCGAUAAACCGAUGGCCAGGAGGGUAAUGGUUGCCGCGAGGGUGUUUCUGGAAGUCCCGGCUGGGAAACAGGGAGAGCAGCAUCAGCAGGGGGAGGAAAGUGAGGAUAGUGUUAGGCGGGAGGUGUUGAGGGAUAUUGGGAUUUUGGUGCGGGAGUGGCCAGAUGGGGAGGAGGUGGCGGAGUACUGUCUUUUGGGUGGGUUGAGGUGGAUAUCGCCCCAAGUGGGGGAUGGAAAGGGUGGAUGUACUGUAAGUUAAAUGAGGUCUUGUGCGGUAUGAUAAAUGUUAGAUUUCUGGGGGUUUGGGGAUCCGGAUGGUAUUGCUUUGUGCGAAGGGAUGCAAAUUUAUGGAUGGAAUAUUUACCUGCUGUGGUAGAUAUUAAGUUAGUCUAACACUCACUGGACAUCACUGCGGCGCCUGAUACCGGUAUCUACGAAUGGUACGGUAGUCCGCUUGAUCACUAGACUAAUCUAAUCUUGUCCAAACUUAUGGACUUGGCUAACCCUAACAAA